AAAAUAGAGUGUAUCUGGUGGUGGUGGUAUUAUGAGCUGGAGAGAAAGGGAACAUAAACUAGUAGUCUCUAAAGCUGCAGGGUAUUCUUAGGGCAGAUCUUUCCUCAACCUUACGCUAACUUUGGCAUCAGCAUCUACCUGUUUCGUAACAACUCAGAGGUGUCUUCUUUGAUAGUUUUCACGUCUAAUUCUAAUAGUACAGAACACCUUGAGUAACAAGAUGAAGCCUUCAUCGGUCUUUUUGCUCGUCCUCGCUCUCGUCCUCCUCGUCGCCUACGCCGAUGCUUCGGGGAAGAAAGGGAAACAUGGCAAACCCGCAGGUAGAGGGGGACCAGGAGGAAGAUCACGAGAUCACCACGAUCACCACCACGAUCACCACCACGGACAUGAUCACCACCACGACCACGGACAUGAUCACCAUCAGAACGAUCACGGUCAUGGGCAUGAUAACCCCCAUAGCACAGGGUCCCAAGGACAUCAAAGUGAGCACGGUCAGUACGAUCGUCAUCGUCGUGACGUCAUCAACGGGUCGGAGCAAAAUGAUACAAUGACAACCCUAGAACCAGGAAGAUGUACUAAACUUGUCAGUGUUACAGUCACAUUCGCCCAGUCUUUUCAGAAGUCAAGAAAAGUGCCGAAAAUCAUCAAAUGUGGAUGGCUUCAUCUUGCAAAGUGCAGAGUCUACAGACUAGAAUAUGAGACUGCAUACCGUCAGGCCACUCGAGUCCAGUAUGCCAUCGUGAGGAAAUGUUGCCCAGGCUUCAUGGAGAUCAAUGGUGUUUGUGAACCAAUAGGUGGAAGAACAACCCCUCCGCCCACGACGCCGCCCACAACUCCCGCUCUAACCACAACGAUGAUGAUGACGACCACCGAUGUACCAGACGACUACUGGAUGAUGAUUGAUAACAAGAUUCAGAAGAUCGUCUCCGCCGUCAUCAUCAUAAUCCUCAUCCUCUUCACUGGGUGUUGUAUCGGGGGCUGUCUGCUCUACAUCUGCAAAUGUUGCAAAAAAGGCAGCUACGUGUAGUCUCCAGUUCAGCC